AUGGACCCUCCACAAGAGAAAAGCAAAAAAGUCCCUUCUGUUACUCUUCGGCUCUCUGCAGAACCCGAAAAGAAAGAGUUGGGUGACGAGAGCGACUCUUUUUCUGAUUUCUGCGACCCGGAAGAUUUGGACGAAAUUGUCUCCAGAGCCCAUAUAGACCGGCAAAAAAGACACGAAAAACGCACCUCUCCAAAAUCGUUUAUCGUCACGCUGAAACUUCCCAAGCCGCUCCUGGCGCUUGCAAGUCAACCGUCCGCUUCCUCACUCGCAUCCGACCCAAGUUCGCUCGCCAAAUCCGCACCUUUCCUUGACCCACAGUUCGACCGUUUUUCCCAUGUCAGCCUUGUUCGAGACCACAUUGUUGUGCUUGAUCAGAUCCUCUCCGACCCAUCCAUCCCUGAAGAUCUCAGUCGUUCGCUCAGAGAGCUCCAUGGAAGUCUUUGGUUGCAAGUUUCGACCAUGGAUACAUACUCCUUGUAUCAGCUCUUGAUUCAACUACAAAAACAAAUCUCGAGGUUCAAAGACUUCCAAGGGAUGGUCAAGUCGUCUGAUGAGACGUCUAUUGACCCGGUACUGUCGCUUGCAUCGUCAAGUCCCGCAUACAGCUCGCCAUCGGCUAUGGUUCCGAAAACCGUUGCUGGUGACAGUUACGUGCAAAAUACGUCGCUACCGACCUCCACAGUCUCGGCUGCCAAGCCCAAGAAUACACGUCGGCACAAAUCUCCUGUUCAAAGUACGCUCACCGGGCUCUAUAGAACAAAAAGGAAACCAGUUCCGGAUGCAGACGAUGAUCUACUCGAGGAAUCAAUGAUUCUCUCUUUGAACGAUCCGCUCUCAGGCAAAAAAUUCAAGACUCCACUGCGCUCGCGCUACUGUUCGCACAUCGAGUGUUUUGACCUAGACAGUUUCAUGCAGAUGAAUAACCUUGAACCUUUUGGUUUGAGUGUGCGCAAAAAAUCAAGCAAAAUAGACGUGACGGAAAUCCUAAGUGACACCAAAAGGCGGCCUUUAAAUCCGGAUCAGCAUAACAAGAGAACAACGUUAUUUCAAUAUAAGGCACAGUUACGCCAAAACAAGACCCAAAAGAUACCCAACAAUAGUUUGGAGUAUUUUAAUUGUCCGAUCUGCAAGCUAGAAUUUAGCAUUCGUGUUCCAGGCGAUUUGUAUAUAAUAGGGGAUCUGCAGGAGAUCAUAGAGCAACUUGAUUCAAACUCCAAUAUCAGCAAGAUUCAGAUUUUCCAGGACGGUAAUUGGGCGUUUGUGGAGGAACAGCAAACGAAACAGGUGACUAGUACAGAGAUUGUGGAGCUCGACGAUCUCGACAGUUCUGAAGAAGAGCGUGAAAUCCAAAAAAUCAAGGUAGAGAAAAUCGAUUCAAAGGAGGUCCCAAUUCCAGCUCCUGUGGAGGACUUUGGUCUAACCGACGAAGAUCUUUUUGGACCUUCGGACGACGAAAUUGAGCAGGAGAUUGACCGGAUUGUAGACCAGGUCAUAUCAAAGGACGACAUGGCAAAAGCUUAUCGCCCUGUCAACAGACAAAUCAAUGAACCAGUCUUCUUCACCGGAAAUGGAGAUCAAGAAGACCCAUUUGUGAUCGACUGA